CAGCUUAGCGAGCCCCUUCCGCCGCCUCACGCGAGGAGUCAUGGCCCCAAACAGAUGCCUGGGAAGACGGUCUGAUUAAUGACGCUGCCUCCUCUGUUCUCCCGCGCAGGGCCCAGGAUGGCGCUCUCGGUGGCAGGGCUCCUUGUCUGCUCCCUCCUGCAAACCGUCCUCUCCCUCAACCCCGAGGACCCCAACGUGUGCAGCCACUGGGAGAGCUAUGCCGUGACCGUCCAGGAAUCGUACGCACACCCCUUUGAUCAGAUCUACUACACGCGAUGCACAGACAUCCUCAACUGGUUCAAGUGUACCAGGCAUCGGAUCAGUUAUAAGACAGCGUAUCGGCGUGGGCUCCGGACCAUGUACCGGCGGAGGUCCCAGUGCUGUCCUGGCUACUACGAAAGCGGAGACUUCUGCAUACCCCUGUGUACAGAGGAGUGUGUGCACGGCCGCUGCGUUUCCCCGGACACCUGCCACUGUGAGCCCGGCUGGGGAGGGCCCGACUGCUCCAGCGGCUGCGACAGCGACCACUGGGGCCCCCAUUGCAGCAACCGGUGCCAGUGCCAAAACGGAGCCCUGUGCAACCCCAUCACCGGCGCCUGCGUGUGUGCCGCCGGCUUCCGAGGCUGGCGCUGCGAGGAGCUCUGCGCGCCUGGCACCCACGGCAAGGGCUGCCAGCUGCCGUGCCAGUGCCGCCACGGCACCAGCUGCGAUCCCCGCACCGGCGAGUGCCUCUGCUCGCCCGGCUAUACUGGCGUCUACUGCGAGGAGCUCUGCCCACCUGGGAGCCACGGGGCUCACUGUGAGCUGCGCUGCCCCUGCCAGAAUGGGGGUACCUGCCACCACAUCACUGGCGAGUGUGCCUGCCCCCCAGGCUGGAUGGGAGCAGUGUGUGCCCAGCCCUGCCCACCAGGGACAUUCGGCCAGAAUUGCAGCCAGGACUGUCCUUGCCACCAUGGAGGGCAGUGUGACCACGUGACUGGGCAGUGCCACUGCACAGCCGGAUACAUGGGCGACAGGUGCCAAGAGGAAUGCCCCUUCGGGACCUUUGGCUUCCAGUGCUCCCUGCGCUGUGACUGCCACAAUGGGGGUCAGUGUUCACCCACCACCGGUGCCUGCAAGUGUGAACCUGGCUACAAAGGCCCACGCUGCCAGGAGCGGCUGUGCCCCGAGGGCCUGCACGGCCCGGGCUGCAGCUUGCCCUGCCCCUGUGAUGCCGACAACACCAUCAGCUGCCACCCAGUAACUGGAGCUUGCACCUGCCAGCCGGGGUGGUCUGGCCACCACUGCAAUGAAUCCUGCCCUGCUGGCUACUAUGGCGCUGGCUGCCAGCUGCCUUGCACCUGUCAGAAUGGCGCCAACUGCCACAGCGUCACUGGGAGCUGCACCUGUGCCCCAGGCUUCAUGGGGGAGGUCUGUGCAGUUCCCUGUGCAGCAGGGACCUACGGCCCCAACUGCUCAUCCGUCUGUAGCUGUAACAGCGGUGGCACCUGCUCCCCAGUAGAUGGCUCCUGCACCUGCAAGGAGGGGUGGCAGGGCCUCGACUGCACCCUGCCGUGUCCCAGUGGGACGUGGGGCCUGAACUGCAACGAGAGCUGCACCUGUGCCAAUGGGGCGGCCUGCAGCCCCACCGAUGGUUCCUGCUUCUGCACCCCUGGCUGGCUGGGGGACAACUGCGAACUGCCCUGCCCGGAUGGCACGUUUGGGCUGAACUGCAGUGAGCGUUGUGACUGCAGCCACGCCGAUGGCUGCGAUCCCGUCACAGGCCACUGCUGCUGCCUGGCCGGAUGGACAGGCAUCCACUGUGACAGCACGUGUCCGCCCGGUCGCUGGGGCCCCAACUGCUCCGUGUCCUGCAGCUGCGAGAACGGCGGUUCCUGCUCCCCAGAGGAUGGGAGCUGCGAGUGUGCCCCGGGCUUCCGAGGACCCUUAUGCCAGAGAAUCUGCGCCCCUGGGUUCUAUGGCCACAGCUGCGCCCAGCCGUGCCCCCUCUGCGUGCACAGCAGCGGGCCCUGCCAUCACGCCAGCGGCAUCUGUGAGUGCCUCCCCGGAUUCUCCGGAACCCUCUGCAACCAAGUGUGUGCUGGAGGGCACUUUGGGCAGGACUGUGCCCAGCUCUGCUCCUGUGCCAACAACGGGACCUGCAGCCCCAUCGAUGGUUCCUGUCAGUGCUUCCCUGGAUGGAUUGGCAAGGACUGCUCACAGGCUUGCCCACCUGGGUUCUGGGGCCCCGCCUGCUUCCACACAUGCAGCUGCCACAACGGGGCGAGCUGUAGCGCCGAGGAUGGGGCCUGCCACUGCACCCCUGGUUGGACCGGACUCUUCUGCACGCAGCGCUGCCCAGCAGCGUUUUAUGGGAAGGACUGCGGGUAUGUGUGCCAGUGUCAGAAUGGUGCCAGCUGUGACCACAUCAGCGGCAAGUGUACCUGCCGCACGGGCUUCACCGGGCGACACUGUGAGCAGAGAUGUGCCCCAGGAACCUUUGGCUAUGGGUGUCAGCAGCUGUGUGAGUGCAUGAACAAUGCCACCUGUGACCAUGUCACAGGCACCUGCUAUUGCAGCUCUGGAUUCAAAGGGAUCAGGUGUGACCAAGCUGCCCUCAUGAUGGAGGAGCUAAAUCCCUACACCAAGAUCAGCCCAGCACUGGGUGCAGAGCGGCACUCGGUGGGUGCUGUCACAGGCAUCGUCCUCCUGUUGUUCCUCAUUGUGGUGCUGCUGGGCCUGUUCGCCUGGCACCGGCGGCGGCAGAAAGAGAAGGGCCGAGACCUGGCUCCCCGCGUCUCCUACACACCUGCCAUGAGGAUGACCAGCACUGACUACUCCCUCUCAGGUGCUUGUGGAAUGGAUAGACGUCAGAACACAUACAUUAUGGACAAAGGCUUCAAAGUUGCACCUGCUUAGGAAACGCUUAUGGGUUUUUUAUAGAUGCCAACUAAAUGUCUUCGGAAAUGUAGAACGUCAUUAUCCAACCAAUUAGUACAAGUUAAAUUGAUUAUAAAAUCUGAAAUAAAGUCAAUCUACCUGCCCCAGAGGCCUCCUGUCAUUGCGCUGGUAAGGAAUGCCACCCUGCACCUUCUGGCUUUCUGGGGCACAAGGAAUGAAAAUAAUACCUAGUGUUAAUAUUGUACGGCACUCCACCCUCACGAGAUCUCUGCCCCAGAGAAGAGAGAAGCCAGGACUAAUCCCUAACACAUAGGAACUGCAAGUUGGAUCAUCCUUCUAGGAAGUAUACAGGUGAAGCCAAAUAUGAAAGGUCAGGUCCUGCCCCAGGCUUAGGGCCUAGGUUUAAAUAACAGAAAUGUGUGAAACAGGUGGCUUUGAAAUUGUCACUUAUUAACUAUGACCAACCACCGUAAGGCACAGUUUUCUCAAAUUGCAAGGUUGGGAUAAGUAUGCCUGUCCUAUGAUCUAACAAGGUUAUCCUGAGUAUCUAAUAAAAAACACAGAUCAGAAGUGUUUCUGCAUAUUGUAACGGGUUAUACUAAUGUAGUAGAGUUGUCCUUUUGUCUCUGAGGACUAUUUAAGAGCCUCAGCCAAACUGAAAGAGAUAUGACUUGCAGCAACGAUCCCAGUGGAUAUCCUAAACCUAGCUGUGUACCAGAAUCACCUGGAAAGCUUGUUAAAAAUACAUUAUGUUCACCCCCCAACUCCCCAAGAUUCUGAUGCCAUAGAUCUAGAGUGGGACCUUUUGUGACAAAUGCCUCAGGGCAUCCUUAUGUAGCGUAUCACCUAACACUUACAAACCCCUAAGUCUAGACUGACUCAGAUUUCCCAGAUUACCCUUCUGGUCUUUCAGACUUAGCCUUAGGUACACCUGAGACACCACUUUCCUAACCAAGGAGAGCUAGUCGUCUUCAACCUUUGGUGGGGUGGUUAUUAGAAGUGGGGUGAGAAAAAAAAAGUGGGGUGAGCUAGGGGUGGAUGGUGGUGAGAAUUGUGUUCUGAACAACAGAGCAGGAAGGACAAGUCUCCACCAGCACGUGUUAGGAUGUGCACAGCCCAAGAGAACGAUCUGAGGACAGAAGGUCACCACCCAUAGGUCACUAUGCCCUUGGGAUCAUCAUUCUGGCAAUUUUUUGUUAGUUUUGACUUAAACCACCCAAAUGAAAGGAAGCGCCAUUACAGUAGAUGAAGCUAAACAAUAGAAAACAAAACUAUACUGUCUUAUCACUGUGACCUGGGACCUCAGUUUCUUUCUCAAGGAGGAAUGGGGACUGGACAGAAACAUCUCUAAGGACCUUUACAGCUCUGAGAAUAUGCAUGACUCAAGCAUGAAUGAAUUCAGACAGGCCCAGACACCUCAAUAAAUGAGCACACAACUUCC